AUGGCCUGGCUCUCCAACAAGAAAAAUGCCAAGGCAGUGCGCCUCCUAACACCUGCACCGCAGGCGGACGACCGCCGCACCGAGGACCUCUGGCUGCCGCUGCAGACAGCCUUCGACGAGAUACUGGAGAAGCGAAGCACCAACCUAAACGUCGACCAGCUGUAUAAAGACGCAUACGCCAUGGUGGUACGGAACGAAGGGGAACGCCUCUACUACGGAUUGCGCGAAGCUCUCCAAGAGCACCUAGCCAACAAAGUGCGCCCCCUCGCGUUGGCUAAAGUUGACGACGACUGCUUGCAGACGAUAAAUCAGGCCUGGGAAAACCACCAGACAAGCAUGGGAAUGAUUAGUGACAUCGUGAAGUACCUGGACCACGCUUACGUGCCUAAGAACAACGUUGACAGCGUGGACAAACUGGGUGUGCUGCUCUUUCGCGAUGAGGUGGCGCACUGCGCCGUCGUGCGGGACCGCCUCCGCGACACUAUGCUCGGCUUGGUCAAGACGGAACGCGAAGGCAAUCCAGUCGACAGGGUUUCGUUGAAGAAAGCGUGCAAAAUGCUCGUAGCCUUGGGACUCGACUCGAGGUCAGUCUACGAAGAAGACUUCGAGAAUCCCUUCCUGGUCGAGUCGGCACAAUUCUACGCCUUACGGGGACAACAUUACGUCGGAACGAAGGAUUCUUUCGAGUACGUCGCCCAAGUGGAACGGCACAUCAACGAAGAGUCAGAGCGGGCGAUGCAGUGUCUCGACGAGUCAACUGUGGUUCCAAUCUUGCAGGUGAUAGAGAAAGAGCUCAUCUGGAAGCAUAUGAAGGCCAUCGUGGACAUGGAAGACUCGGGUGUCGAGCAUAUGCUCAAGAACCAGAUGGCGGAUGACCUGGCCCGAUUAUUCCGGUUCCUCAAGCGCGUUCAGGGUGGUGCCAAAACGUUGCUCGACUGCGUCAGCAAGUACCUGCGCAAUAUAGGAAGAUCUGUUGUGAACGAGCACGGUGACUCGGUGAGCCUAAUUCCGAGAGUGAUGGAGCUCAGAGAUCGAUUUGACCACAUUCUACAGCACUCUUUCAACAACGAAGAACUGGCCAGGGACAUGAUCGCCACAGACUUUGAGUGUAUACUCAGCUACACGCGCAAAUCGCCCGAGUAUCUGUCUGCCUUCAUAGACGAUAUGAUGCGAAGAGGAAUUCGAAACGUGACAAAGCAAGAGACUGACAAGUUGCUGGACAAAGUCAUGGCGAUAUUUCGAGCCCUGCAGGAGAAAGACCUUUUCGAGCGCUACUACAAGCAGCAUCUGGCCAAGCGGCUUCUGCUCAACAAGAGCGCCUCAGACGAAGCCGAGAGAACGAUGGUCGCCAAGCUUCGAAAUGAAUGUGGUUGUCUCUUCACAUCCAAAAUGGAAGCCAUGUUCAAGGACAUGCACAUCUCUAGUAACAUGAUGAAGCAGUUCAAGGAAGCAGUUUCCUCUUGCAGAGUGGACUUGCACGGAGUCGACAUAAACGUGCGCGUACUCACGACAGGCUUCUGGCCCCUGGCUGCCGCCACGCAGCAAAGCAACAUUUCCGUCGCCCCGUGGAGUGCUUACCAAAUAUUCCGACGGUUCUAUUUAGCGAAGCAUAACGGCCGACAGCUCACCUUACAGCCACAUCUAGGCUGGGCAGACCUGAGCGCCAUGUUCUAUGGGCCGGCAGAGAACGAACCAUCUACGUCCCAAACGGCUAGCACAACGUCCGGCGAGCUUCAGCCGCGAACUUACGUCAUACAGGUGACGACUUACCAGAUGUGCGUGCUGAUGCUCUUCAACCGCCACGGCGCGAUAUCGUACCAAGACAUGGCCUCCGAGACGAAGAUCCCCGAAACAAGCCUCGUUCGGGCAUUGAAUUCGCUGUGCAUGGGCAAAGCCUCCAAGCCCGUGCUUAUCAAGACGCCCGACUCAAACGACAUCGACAGUGACCACAUUUUUGCCGUUAACGAAACCUUCACGUCCGACCUCCAGAAGGUCAAGAUUGAGUCGACGUCCAGUAGAAAGAACACUACGCCAACGAAAAAUGAACCAGCGGUCAACCUUGACGAAGACCGAAGGUAUGAGCUGGAAGCGGCCAUUAUAAGAAUAAUGAAGGCUCGCAAGACGCUGUCGCACGAAGACCUUCUCGCUGAGGUGACGAAGUUGCUUCAAACCAGAUACACUCCCAGUGCUGCUGCAUUCAGUAAGAGAGUAGAUGCGCUCGUAGAGAGGGAGUACCUCGAGAAGGCCGGCGAGAAUCCAGAAGUGUACAACUAUGUGCCAUAA